AUGGUGGCAAAUGUUAAACUUUCUUCGAUGAGAUAUCAAAUCUAUAAAGAAGAUGGGUUUAUCGGAUAUCAACAAUCGAUGCCUUCUCCACCUUCAUCUUCAUCGUCGUUUUCACCUCCAUUUACUGUAACUUUCCAUAAAACAUCAUCCCCUUCAUCUUCUCCAAAAAUCAGCCCAGCUGUUCUAUUCAUUAUCGUGAUUUUGGCCGUUUUGUUCUUCAUCUCCGGUUUGCUUCACUUACUCGUUAGAUUCUUAACAAAACACAACUCUCAAUCGCAUUCAAAUCAAUCAAAUCGAUUCCCAGAUGGGUCUCCAUCCGACACACUUCAACGACAACUCCAACAGCUUUUCCAUUUACAUGAUUCCGGUUUAGAUCAAACAUUUAUCGACGCUCUUCCUGUUUUUAUGUACAAAGAAGUAGUCGGAGCUCACGAGCCCUUCGAUUGCGCCGUUUGUUUAUGCGAGUUUUCUGAAAACGAUAAAUUGCGAUUACUCCCAACGUGUAGCCAUGCUUUUCAUAUCAGUUGUAUAGAUACAUGGCUUCUAUCGAAUUCGACAUGUCCCCUUUGCAGAAACACUCUUUUCGAUCCUGAGUUCUCCAUGGAUAAUCCAAUUUUCGAUUUUGAUGAUCCCCGGGAAGCAGAUGAGAUUAGGGUUUCAUCAAAAACAAUUGAUCCUGAACAAACGCCGAUUGAAAAGGGGGUUUUUUCUGUCAGACUUGGAAAGUUCAGAAAAUUGACUGAAAGUGAAGGCGAAACAGGAGGGUUCCAUUGA